ACACGCUUAUAUAUUAAGGAUGCAGCAUUUGUGAUAUUCAAAUUUUUAAUAGUGUUUUGAUAAGUGAAAUGUUAAACAUGUGUCCAAAGAUAUGCUUAUUAACAAUAGCGAUGCUAGUAACCGAAAUAAAAGGGGUGAUUUAUUUUCUAAAUGACACCGAGUAUAACCGUAUGCCUCCUGUUUAUAAACUUGAUGAUUACAAAACCUGUCUUGAAAAGCCAACCGAUGUUUAUUGUAACGUGGAUUUCAAUUUGAUUUCCGACACGGAAAAUGAACUGCUGACAAUGAUUCACGAAUAUUCGGAACACACAUGCACACAUUACAAUCAUUCCCAACUGAAUCACGGUAUCUGCUACACUCAGCGAUGUCAAAAUUACAUAGACCAUGCGAAGAUGAAGACAUCAAUUGAAAAAUGCCUUAAUGAUACGUUUAUGAAGGAAUAUGGUUUGAGUACUCAAGUGACAAGAUUCAAUUGUCACGGUCUAUCUGACACUAAGCGAGAGCUAGACAAAUCCGAUAUAGCAGUCGCUAUCCUUCUAUUGACGAUUGUCUUAUUAAACGUUGCUGGAACUAUCUAUGAUUACAACAGAAAAGAAAAUAUAAAAGAAAAAAAAUAUCUUCUUUGUUUCUCAAUUGCACGAAACUGGAAGAAACUUACAUCUUAUAAUUCAAAUGCAGAAAGUCAAAUAGAAUACCUUAAGGGACUAAAUGGAAUUCGAUGUAUCAUUCUCGUCGGUGUGAUAAUGGUUCAUGUCACGUGGCCAAACAUGCGAGCAGGAGAAAAUCUUCAUGUUUUGGAACUAUCAUUUUAUAAUGUACGACAGAAUAUAAUGAUGACUGGAUCACUUGGAAUUCAGAUAAAUUUUCUUAUUUCGGGAUUUCUGUUGGCACACAAUACCGAGAUUUAUAUGGAAAAUAAUAGCAUUAACUGGUACUCCAUCCCCAAAAGUAUUAUAUCACGAUUUUUCAGGUAA